UUAGUUACAAAAAGUGCCCUGGCCCCUGCCGAACACUGACUGUUGUUGACUGUCGUGUUCUCCGUGUUCUCCACUUCUCCAGUGUUCACCAGUGUUCUCGCAUUCGCAAUGAGAACGAUGUCGUUCCUACCAAUAUAAUAUCGAUCAAACAUUAAAUAGAAUACACAUUUAAUUAUUAAAAAAUAGAUUUGUCUAUAGAAAAUGUCUUCGAAAAUUCUGUACACCGAUGUUCUUGCGCUUUGCUGUACCGAUGACUUCCUUUUCGCAGGCAUAGGAUGUAGUUUACAUAUAUUUGACGUCAAGACUUAUGCAUUCCAAGUAAAGUUAGAUUGUCUCGAGCCACAUAUUAUACAUGGAAUUGUUAACGGUCCUAAUUCCAUGUUGACCGUCUUCGGCAGGAACUUGUUUUGCGCGUAUACCAUUUGUCGUUCAAUAGACAGCACAGCAAUCGAUAUCGUAGUUACUAAACAGCAGGUUCCCGACUGGAUAAUAACAGCAAAAUGGUCAACAAUUAAUGGAAGUAAUUGUUUAUGUCUACUUCUAGCACACAAUAGUGUAUGUAUUUAUAAUCCAGGUCUGAAGACUGCAGCAAGAUAUAACACAUUUACAUGUACAGAAAAAUGUCUUUUAUAUGCAGGAUACAUAUCAGUGAAGGAUAACGGGAAUCUAACUAUCUUUAGUGGAACAGUAUUCCAAGAAAUCUUGAUAUGGGAGGUGGAUCAUACUAACAAUAAUGAGGCCUUUGUUUCACACCAUUUAAAAGAACACAAUGGUGUGAUCUUUUCGGUGAUUUAUGAUGCAGCUACGAAACUUAUUUGCUCUACAUCGGAUGAUAGAACAGUCAGAUUGUGGAAAGUACAUCCUAGAAAUAAGAACGAGAAGAAUAUUACAGACUGGAAAGAAACUAAAGUAACAUUGAUGAAAACGAUGUUUGGUCACACAGCUAGAGUAUGGAGAUGUAUCAUUAAAGAUAAAAGUUUAAUUACAAUAGGAGAGGAUUCUCUCAUGUGCACUUGGUCACUAGACGGUAAAUUGCUGAAUAAACUUUCCGCCCAUUAUGGGGCUGCUGUAUGGAGCAUAGGUGUAACGAAUGACAACAAAACUGUCUUUACUGGCGGUGCUGAUGGCGCGAUUCAUGUAUUCCCCGCCGUCAAUGCAUCUAAUUCUGUGCCAUCAUCUAAGAAGUUUACUUGCGCCUCGCCGAAAUACGUUUGCUGUUUACGUAGUGGGAAAUUUCUGGUUUUCAGCGAAAACGGCACUCUGUUUAUAUUUGAUAAAAAACGUAGCAAUCCACAAAGGUCAAUGUACUUAAAAAGAUACAGUGACUAUUGUGUUAUGAAAGUUUCUCCGUGCCAUUCGUAUGUCUGUUUUGCAUCGAAGACUGGAUAUAUGGCGAUGUACCAAGAGAAUGAAAAGAAGUUAAAACAGAUUUUCGAGAAGGAGAUGAUGAACUCGAAAAUAUUAUCAGUACAUUGGCUAGAAAAUAAUAACUUAGUGAUAUGUGGGAUGGACGGUGUCUUAAAAAUGUUCAAUUUCACUCCCAAAGGAUUGAUUACAGUACAAGCAGUAUGUAUUUUGCCAGCUGCUCGCGAACGAUGGUUAACAGCAGCUGCUUUAUACGGAGGAUUAUUAGUGUGUGGAGAUAGAUCCGGAAACAUGCACGUGUUCGACCUUAAGAAAUUAACUCCGUGCAGUGAAGCGAAUGUAGCUGAAUCAAAUAAUAAACCAAUUCAAACUUUCGUGAAAGUUCACGGAAUAAUCGGUGUCCAAACAUUUAUGGUCUUACUUGACAAAUUGGUAUCAGCGGGUCGCGAUGGGAUGUUGCGAUUCUAUGAAUUAUGUACAGAAUUAAACACGCUACGUGCUUUGCACGAAGAAAAAGUGCCAAUAGACUGGAUUGCCGAUAAUAUAAGUUUAGGAUCUGAAAUUUAUAUUUUCGGUUUUCAAGAGACGGAUUUUGUAAUAUAUACUUACCAUCAUAUGUAUUGUCAUCGGGUACUAGCAAAGAUACCAUGUGGCGGUGGCCACAGAUCAUGGGAUUGUUUAAUGUCGGACGAUUAUACUAUUACGUUCUUGUACAUCCGUAACAAAGAAAUAUUUCUAUCUGAUUUCUCAAUCGGUCCUUUCAUGCCUAGUAUACUAGCUGUGCGACAUGGAUAUCAUACAAAAGAGAUACACUGUAUGAAACGAUUGUUACAUAAAGCUAGGCACAAUAUUUUUAUAUCGGGGAGCGAAGAUACCUCUGUUCGGAUUUUUUAUGCUCCAAAUAUAAGCGAGUACUGUACCCCUUUUACACUAGCUGUUCUCGACGGUCACGUUUCUAGUAUAAAAUUUGUGACCUAUUUGGAUUUACAACCUAAUCGCGAAUCGCAUAAGAAGUAUCUCAUUUUCUCCGGGGGUGGAAGAGCUCAAAUAAAAGUUUGGGAAAUCGAAAUAAAUCUUGAUACUUACAUGUUAAUCAGAAGUUACGUUUCUUGCAACGAUAUUACAUCUCAUAUGUUGUACGGAACUGAUCAAGAACGAAAAAAGCAAUCGCAGGAAUCGACAUACAAUGCAGAACCUGAGACACGAUACAUGGACAUAGAUACUUAUCAUUACGGUAUAAAUUACGUAUUGCUCUUCGUUGCCUGUGCAGAUGGAUUUGUAAGAAUAUUUUUAUACGAUAUCAAUGCAAAAACUAUCUCAAUAAAAGUAAAGACGAAAUGUGCUAAUCGGUGCAUAACAAAAAUAACUGUUUUAAAAUGCAAUGAGAAAGUAAUUGCGCUAAUAAUGCCAACUGAUGGAAUCUGUCGAUUUAUUGACUUCACCCAUAUUGUUUCAAAGAUAAAAUCGAAACCGGAAGAAGAAUUUCAGAACUGUGAAAGUUCUCUAUCGAUCACAGGGUUCAAUUUACAUCAAUCUGGAAUUAAUUCGUAUGAUAUAAAAUCGAUAGCAAAUGACGAGUAUUUAUUAGUAACUGGUGGCGAUGAUAAUUUACUUAAUAUUGUCCGCUUAAAAGUUGUGUCAUUGAGCGACAUACAAAUUUUAUUAUUAUCCAAAUGGAGCAGCUCAGAGGCGCACGUCGCUCAAAUUACGGGAAUAAUGUUUCACAGAGAAAAUACAAUUUUCACCGCUGGGAUAGAUCAACGUGUGAACAUAUACUAUUACAAUUAUAUUGGAAGUGGUCUAAACGCAAGAAUUUUAAAGACGAUUCAUACGUCCGUAUCAGAUAUAAAGGGUUUAACUUCAUGGUCUAGACAGGAAGAGUCCUUCUUAUGCGUUUAUGGUAAAGGAUUCGAGAUAUUGGAAGUCCCUUUGAGAUGAUCAUCGAGUAAAAAGAAAAAUAACAUUGUUCCUUACAAUUAUAAGUUAAGAAAUAUAAUAUAUAAAAUUUCAUACAUGUAUAUAAAUAGCUUAAUAAAAUUAUUUUCCAUUUCCUUACAUUAUUUUGUUCCAUUACUCUUUACAUAAGGAGUUUAACUUCGUAGUAUAAUUCAGAGUACAGCUACCCAAAACGAUUCCCAACGUGCUUGUAAUGUACAAUGUAAUGCCAACUUUGUUUUGAGCGACUAAAUAGAAAAUUCUAAAGAA